AAUCGUCAUAAAAUGGUAUAUUAUUCCCAACUCAGGUAUUUACAGUGCAUUUUCCUUCUUCUAAUAUUUCUGGAUGUUGAGCCACACCCGAUACCCAAAUACAACACCAAAUCUGAUGGCUUUGUCACGCAUGUUAUCAAUUCAGAGGUGCAAAUUCUGGACAAUGAAAUACCUGGAUACUUCCACUUUAACCUGCCCGAUGGAGGAUACAUACGGGUGAUUUAUCAUGUGGAUAAGUACGGAUUUUAUACCGAAACUUUGCCCUGACAUAUGUUUUUUUUGCUGGGAGUGUUUGUCUGCAGUUUUGCUAUAAUUGGAAACCAGAUUUAUUCC